GAAAGAGAGAGAAAGACCACAUCUGAUUUCUCAUGAAACAUUCCAAAUUGAACAGUGUGGACACAAACACAAGACUUCAGUUUCACUUUUUUGUUUUCAUUUGUCUUUUUGAUUGUGGCCAUUUCGAUUACAGCACAGUAAAGAGAAAGCAUCAUUAAUCACUGUGUUUUAAAAGGGGUUUCCUACUUAUAAUUAUUUUUAUUAUCUUCUCUACUCUCCUAUUUGCUACUUUUUUUCAGCCAUGUCUUGUUUAAACGGUGGGAAUUGUGAUUUUUCUGCCGGAGACGACGUGGAGACCGGCGAUGAGUUUCCUUUCGAGAGGGUUUUCCCGGUUUACGCUAGAGGAGCCCUUAUUCCCGUGGCCGACCCGGUUUUGCUGGAUUCUAUCAAUUCUGGUUAUGACCCAAUUUGGGAUUCUAUAAGAGCAGAAGCUAAGCUUGAGGCAGAAAAGGAGCCGGUUUUGAGUAGCUUCUUGUAUGCUAGUAUCUUGUCGCAUGACUGUUUAGAGCAAGCCCUGAGUUUUGUUCUCGCUAAUCGUCUCCAAAACCCUACCUUGCUAGCAACUCAACUCAUGGAUAUAUUUUGCAAUGUUAUGGUACAUGACAGAGGUAUUCAGAGCUCCAUUCGCCUUGAUGUUCAGGCAUUCAAAGACAGAGAUCCUGCUUGUUUAUCGUAUAGUUCUGCUAUUUUACAUCUAAAGGGCUAUCUUUCGCUGGAGGCAUAUAGAGUUGCGCAUAAGUUGUGGAAGCAAGGACGAAAACUAUUAGCAUUAGCAUUGCAAAGCCGAGUAAGCGAGGUUUUUGGAAUUGAUAUUCAUCCGGCUGCAAGAAUUGGGAAGGGAAUAUUGUUGGAUCAUGGAACUGGUGUGGUCAUAGGUGAGACUGCUGUGAUAGGCGACCGUGUCUCAAUUUUACAUGGUGUGACAUUAGGAGGAACUGGGAAAGAAACUGGUGACCGCCAUCCAAAUAUAGGUGAUGGUGCUCUUCUUGGAGCAUGUGUGACUAUACUUGGUAACAUUAAGAUAGGCACUGGAGCAAUGAUAGCUGCUGGUUCGCUUGUGUUAAAGGAUGUUCCUUCUCAUAGCAUGAUGGCUGGAAACCCGGCGAAACUGAUUGGGUUUAUCGAUGAGCAAGAUCCGUCUUUGACAAUGGAACGUGAUGCUACCAGAAAGUUCUUUCAAAAUGUAGCUGUUGCUUAUAGACACACAAUACCAAAUGGAUCUCCAGUUGCAGGAGUAGCAGAGAAAGGAAACGUUAAAAAGAGAAUAUGAGAACCACCUGCAGAUGCUCGCUCUAAUGGCGAUUUUUCAUCACUUCAAACAAAUAAGAAAGCUCUUUGUUUGUUAACAACCCUGCUUUUCCAAUUGAUGGAGAAAGAUUUUGAUACAUUGCUAAACAUUAUUCAUUCCACAAAGAAAGAAAACCAAAUCAUAAGCUUCAA